UGGCAUACCAAGCAAAACACGACAUUCCCGUGUACCGACUCGGAGUAGGCCUACGACAGUGCUCUAUUUAUUACUAGCUAGACGUGGGAUGAUUUCUAUGCACACGUAGUGAGUAAUUUAUAUAGAAAAGUCAUGCACACUCUUCCUUGCUAGUGAAGAAUACAUUCAUUUGUUUUCGACUUCGUUGACUAUCUUUUUGAGUGUCGUAAAACAGCUUAGGCCUAAUCUUUUGGAACACGUCGACAACAAUCAUGGAAAGUACAAGCCGACUGAGUGGAAUUUCAAACGGAACACAAAGGCACGUCACUGUUGAAAAGGACAAAGUUCUGAAAGAUGUGGCAGUUAUUAGCCUUAAUCGCAGCCCGUCAAACCUCCUCAACCGAAAGCUUCUCCGCGAGUUAAUCGCGAUCAUAGAUGACAUCGAAGCAAAUAAAAGUUAUAGAGGCGCUAUUCUGACAUCAUCGGUUACCAGUGUGUUCUCCAGCGGCCUAGAUGUGGUUGAACUUCACCAGAAGAGCUUCGAUCAGUUCAGGGAUUUCUGGAGCUCACUGCAGGAUCUCUGGGUCCGGUUAUAUCUCUCAAGACUCGUCACUAUUGCUGCCAUCAAUGGCACAGCGGUAGCUGGGGGCUGUCUGCUUGCCAUGAGUUGCGACUACCGCAUCAUGGCCAAGGGACCUUAUUCCAUCGGUCUGCCGGAGAAUGUCAUUGGUCUGGUCAAUUCAGUGUGGGUGUACGAGAUGUUUGCUCGUUUGGUCGGUCACAGACAAGCAGAAAUGAGCCUCCAACUUGGUACUGAAUACACAUUGAAAGAGGCAGCGGAAAUAAAGUUGGUUGAUGAAGUCGUUCACCCGAAGAAGCUAAUGGAAGCAACUAGAGAGGAGAUGUCCAAAUGGCUUCGAAUACCUGAUGUUUCCCGCGUUAGAACCAAGCAAAUGAUCCGCGAGCCCGUGGUCAUGACGCUUCAGGCUAGCCCAGAGGGCGAUACACAGAGCAUGUACAGCUACAUCAGUCAAGAUGUGGUGCAGGAGACGCUGGAGGGCGUGCUCAAGAAAUUCAAGAUGCUGGACGCGUCGGCUAAAAAGUAAACCGAAACGCUUCCCACAAGAUUUUUCUUUUUUUUAGAUUUGAGCUGCUCUGUUCAGGGCCAGAAUCCCGCAUUUUCCCUCCCCCAUGAAAGUUUCACUGAAAUUUUGUAUUUUAAAUUUUGAAAAGGCUUGGAUCUGUUAUUCUCUCUAAACGUUCUGAUUUUCAAUCAACCUGGUUUGCUGUUACAAUAGAACAGUGUUUAGCACAGUUGCUCCUUAGGUUUUUCUCGUUUGUUUGUUUUGCUUGUUUGUUGGGGUGUUGGGUGUUUGUUUGUUGGGUUGUUGGGGUGUUUGUUUGUUUGUUUGUUUGUUUUGUUGGACCCCAGGCAGAACUGCCUGUAUGCAAUACACAACAUACAUCAAAUGUAGAAAUCAGAAUGGUCCUUGUUAUAUUUUUAGUGUUUGAUCCCCACUGUGACCACGUGAUUUUCUUCCACCCGAUUUUCCAACUUUUUCGGGAUAAUAAAUAUUACCUGUUAGUUAACGGGUUCAAGUUUUACUUCGUUUUUUUCCCGAAAACCGCCCACCUUAGGUGGGAUUUAAAAUUGAGACAUUUAAUGUAAAUCGAUUUUAAUAAAAAGAUUAUUUAGCUUCAUAGACAUUAGUUUUAUAUGUACAUGUAUAUAAAUGACUGAAGGUGGAAGUUUAGUUUGUAAUAUAUCUCAAAAUGAAAAAAACAUAGCUUGCAUACUUCGAAAAUAAAUCCAAACAAAAAACGCGCGUUGUUCUGUUCUCAUCGUUGAAAAGAAGGCCUGUAUCAAUGUAAACUGUCUUCCACUGUUGUUCCGUGACUUGUAAAUUAAUCUUCUAGAGUCAGUAGGCAAAACAAGUGUACGUAGAAUACGAACACCCCUGGCUUACCCCCGCUUACAUUUUUUCUGAUAUAAAAGACGUGCAAUAGAUGGAGCGAUUAAACUUUCAUAAAUGCAAAACUGACAGUGACUGAUUGUCUUACUCCAUGUGACGUGAAAAAAAAUAAAAGUUUAUUUUCCGAGUUGAGAUCA